CAGUGGGCUCGCCAGACGCCAAAAACCACACGAGCAAUUAUCGCGAGAAUUCGAUUUGUGUCCUUGAUAAGUCCGAAAUGGGGUACUGGGACCUACCGGAAGGUACAGACUGUGUGGAAAAAACAUGGAUUACUACGAAACUUGGCACGGCUUUAGGUCUGGUUGGUUCAGCUUAUCACAUAGUGGCGUUCCAACCUGACUCUGCAGUGGCAGCGUUACAGAGGGCUACCAACUCAACAGUUACCAUGGCCGCCAUGGGAGCCAUCUUUGGAAUGACAACAUGUCUCAGUGCUCAGGCCCGUGAAGCUCCAGACGACCCACUGAAUUAUUUUAUUGGCGGCUGUGCCUCAGGGAUUUUUUUGGGAGCACGAACCCACAGUGCUAUAACUGGUACAUCCGCGUGCCUGGGUCUUGGAACACUGGCUUUCUUUACAAAAGUGGGCAAGAUGGAGGGAUGGAAACUUGCUGGACCACCUGAACUAUAAGAGGAAGAUGCCUGGAAGAUCGUUAUAUUGUAAAAAAUACCUAAUGUAAUAAAGUUUUUUGAAAAGGCCAAAAGAAUGUUGGUUCAUUUUAUUUGAUUUCAUUUUACCUUUGAAAACACUUUUAAUUUAACUAGCUGUUGAUCUAGAAACUGGAAAAAAUGUGCGGCUAUAGCUGUGCCACAUGGUUCUUAUGUUUACAAGGGUUUGUGUCCUUUUUUAAAAAAAGCCUGGAAGUAGCCUAGCUCCUAAUAAUAUUGUCAUUUAUUUACACAUUCCACAAAAUGUGCAAAAACGUAUUUCUGUGUAAUUUAGUGUUAAAUAUUAUUGUUAAUGACAUUAACAAGUAUUUUUGUUAGACAGCAGGAAAGUAGGAUGGUUGCUAGAAUUGAUCUCUUGAAAAUUUGCCAACAGCACAACGAAAAGGCAAUUCACAACAACACUGAGUGAAAUGCUGAGUACAGUACAAAUGCAUCACCUUCUAAUUUUCUACUUUUCACAUAUGUUUGUGGAUGCUGACAAGAAUUUUAACUUUUUCUCGAGUUCAAGACUCAUUUCCAAUUUUUUGGAAAACAAACAAAAACAAAACUGAUGUAGUGCUGACUACAAAAGCAUACUUCAGAAGAUAGCACUGCUCACUGCAAACUCGUAAAACAGGUUCUUCCGGUAGAAAGCUGCAAUUUUGCUUUAUAAGUAGCUAUUGUCUUUUUUUUUUUUUUUUUUUUUUUUCUUCAAUGAAGGAAAAAAACAACUUCAAUAAAAGUUAUGGAAUCCAGCACCAGCUCCCCACUUUACUGAUGCUUGGUUGCAGGUGCUUCAAGUCACAUCAGAAUUGCUAAAACUAGCAUUACCAAGCAGGAAGAGCCAUUCCUGAGUAGAUUAUGCUCGAAGAAUACAUCAAAGUACAAGAUGCUUCCAGACUCCCAACAUCUUUAUUCAGUUAAACAUCAGUAGAAUGCAAAGGAAUAACAAUGUACCAUGCAGCGUACAGGUUCAAGAUAUGGUAAGAGGACUAGUUCUUAUAUGGCGCUUUUCUACUCGAGCACUCAAACUGCUCAGGAAGACCACCAGUUUUCUUGUGUCAUAGAGACCACAGGUAAUCCCAAUUGACCUGCGAUAGAUCUGUAUGUCUAUUGUCAAGAUAUAAUAGCUAACCAGUGGAGUUUGACAGUCUCAUUAACGAACUUAUUAAUCAUUGACCAGCUGAGUGCACAGAUGGACAUACCUUUGUCAGGUUUAGAGGAAGGAAAAACAAAUGCUUCAGUCAGAGGAUUCAUGCAUAUGAAAAACUGUAAAAUAAACGUUGUGUGAUCAUUGUCUGGGAGAUUGGAAUCAACAUGUCUACCAGUUUUACAACAGGGCUCUGCAUGGACAAGCACCGGCAUACAUCAGUGAUCUUUUACAUCCAUACAUCCCCAGCAGGUCCCUGAGGUCAUGUGAUCAGGGCUUGCUGGUUGAUCAUCACACGAGGCUGAAAAUGAAAGAUGGCAGCCCCCUGCCCACCACUGCAGCUCCCAGGACAGCUCUCACUGUGGGUGCUGCUGACAUUGCUAUUGUUGUUGUCUACUUUAUAAUUGUCAUGGUGGUUGGAAUCUGGUCAUCAAUGCGUGUCAAUCGCAGCACUGUUGGGGGGUACUUCUUGGCUGGUCGUUCAGUGACUUGGUGGCCUAUUGGAGCCUCUCUGAUGUCCAGUAAUGUUGGCAGUGGUUUAUUUAUUGGUCUAGCAGGGACAGGAGCAGCUGGAGGAAUUGCUGUUGGGGGAUUUGAAUGGAACGCAGCAUGGGUUCUGGUAGCUCUGGGUUGGAUAUUUAUCCCCGUUUACAUCUCUGCUGAAGUGGUAACAAUGCCUGAAUACCUGGCCAAACGCUUUGGAGGCCAGAGGAUACGCAUAUACAUGUCUGUUCUCUCACUUAUUCUCUACAUUUUCACCAAAAUAUCAACAGAUAUUUUUUCCGGGGCAUUGUUUAUCCAGGUGUCAUUUGGUUGGAAUCUGUAUCUGUCUACAGUCAUACUGUUGCUGGUGACUGCUGUCUACACUGUGGCAGGUGGUUUGGCAGCUGUGAUCUACACUGAUGCUCUCCAGACUUUGAUCAUGGUUGGGGGAGCUUUUGCCUUAAUGUUCAUAGCAUUCUCCGAGGUGGGCUGGUAUGAGGGCCUUGUGGAUCGUUACAUGUCAAGUAUUCCCAAUGUGACUGUUCCCAACACCACCUGCCACUUACCCCGUAGUGAUGCCUUCCACAUGUUCAGAGACCCUGUAACAGGGGAUUUACCCUGGCCAGGUCUACUGUUUGGGCUCACCGUACUGGCUACAUGGGUCUGGUGCACAGAUCAGGUUAUAGUCCAAAGGUCUCUGUCAGCCAAAUCUUUGUCUCAUGCUAAAGCAGGCAGCGUGUUGGGUGGCUAUCUCAAACUGCUCCCCAUGUUCUUCGUUGUGAUGCCAGGAAUGAUAAGUCAAGCACUAUUCCCAAAUGAGGUUGGUUGCGUGGACCCAGAUAUCUGUCAAAGUGUGUGUGGUGCUUCAGUUGGUUGCUCUAACAUUGCUUACCCUAAACUAGUAAUAGAGCUAAUGCCUGUGGGACUUCGUGGUCUGAUGCUGGCAGUGAUGUUAGCUGCUCUUAUGUCAUCCCUGACUUCCAUUUUUAAUAGCAGCUCUACUCUGUUUACACUGGACCUCUACCACAAAGCCAGGCCUAAAGCUUCUGAGUUGGAACUUAUGAUAGUUGGAAGGGUGUUCAUCCUUGUCUUGGUGUGUCUUAGCCUGCUGUGGAUUCCUGUAGUCCAGACAGCCAAUAGUGGACAGCUGUUUGACUAUAUUCAGUCAGUGACCAGCUUUUUAGCACCUCCCAUUACUGCUGUAUUCCUAAUGGCUAUCUUUUGGCCACGAGCCAACGAGCAGGGUGCAUUCUGGGGUCUGAUGGCUGGACUAGUGAUAGGACUGAUCCGAAUGGUUCUGGAGUUCUCCUAUUUACCUCCUUCCUGUGGUCAGCCUGAUCGUCGGCCUGCAGUCCUAGCUGAUGUCCACUACUUAUACUUUGCUCUCAUCCUGUUGGCUCUCACGUGCCUCAUCAUUGUUGCUGUAAGCCUGGCCACUGCCUCAAUACCUAAAGAACAUCUGCAUAGGCUGACCUGGUGGUCCAGACAUAGUCUUGAACCACGGAUGGAUCUCUCAAGUCUUCAGAUCACCUCUGACCAAGUGGACUCUAACCUCAGCUCUGAGUCUGAGCAAUUGCAAGAAUCCACUUGGAAGAAAAUUGUUCUGUGGCUUUGUGGUUUGGCUAGUUCACGCUCCGAGUCGGCUGCUCCAGUGACUCAAAACAGUGAAAGAAACUUCCUCCAGGAGAAGUCACUCUGGAGAAUAGUCUGCGAUGUUAAUGCCCUGCUACUGCUGGUUGUUAACGUGUUUCUCUGGGGAUACUUUGCUUAAUGUGGAUGUGUCAUGAAAUCUUGAACAUGUUGUUUUUCUUACUUCUUACUCUUCUUAAUAACUUUACUUUUCUAAACUAUUGAGGAAAGAAGAAGUGGGACAGAAAAGGGAUUCUCAGAUAUGAAACAAUGAACUAAUUAUUCUCUAUUGAUUCAUAUUGUGCUCAAGGUUGCUCUCAAGUAAUAUUAUCUAUAAUUACAUGAUCUACUAUACAAUUCUCUGUUCAUUAAAUGGGAAAUUACUUUUGUCUGUCAGGUUGUUACUUUUGUCGCCAACUCAUUCUAUUGUAAGUUACCACUGGAUAAACAUGAAUAUCAUCUGAUUUUUUUUAUGUCGAUUAAUUACUGGGAAGGAGAUUAAAGUAGAGGAUCUACUCACCAACAGAAUUCCUGUUUUUAUAGCAUUCUGAAUAGUUUUAAACUCAUACGGCAGAAAUUUAUCAACAUCAAGAACUGAAAAAAAUGUUACUAUAAAAUUACCAUCCUGUACAAAACUACUUCUUGCAGGCUAGAUAGAUAGAUAGAUAUAGAUCGAUCACACCUGACACUUGUCUACAGCCACUUCACCUUGCUUAUACUCUCUCCUCACCUCCUGUGGACCCUGCAUUGCUUCCUAUGCCUAACCCUGGAAUUUAAACUCAUCUACCAUCACUAUGUCUACUCCUUCACUGUUACACUCAUCUCCCACUCAAUCACACAAAUAGAUCCCGUCUUUCACUCCUCCUCUUCAGAGCAUAGCUCCACCUCUCUAGGCUCUCUUCUAUCCACCCAAUCCCUAGUCUCAAUACAGAUCACAAUGUCCUGUAAGCCCACUGAGAUUCCUUCCUGACCUCAUCUGCCAA